AUGCUGCGGAAGCCUUUCGCCAGAAUGAGGAGGGACAUCGCGUUCUUCCACCACUUUCGUACCGAGAUGAUCAUCAGCCAUGGCUCUUCUCUGUGCUUAGAUCGCUAGGCCAGACGGUGAAACCUGUAUCAGUCACCUCUAGGCGACGUCUUGUCUUACUGAGAACCCUUAAUACGUCUACCACAUAAGUUGCAAGGUUCUCUCACUCAAACCUUGGGCUAACUCAGGGCUCUCAGGCUGCCCUCACUGUUGCUCCGAGCUGCCUCUCCUCACAUUGUCGAACGUGACUGUCCACACGCCUUAGCAAACAUGUCUCGACUUCACGUGUUGAAGAUCUGUGGCAUUCGGUCAUUCGACAACAACCAGGAACAGCAUAUCAAGUUUGAGACCCCGCUAACUCUCAUCGUGGGCCAGAAUGGUUCAGGAAAGACCACCAUCAUUGAGUGCCUCAAGUUUGCCUUCACGGGGAUGCAACCUCCCAAUACCAAAGUUGGCGGUGCCUUCGUCCACGACCCCAAACUGAACGGCGACAGCCAGGUCAAGGCGGCAGUCCAAGUCUCCUUCAAGUCGGCCACUGGAGCGGCAGUAACUAUUUCUCGGCGUCUGGAACUGAACGUCAAAAAGACCACACGUUCCUUGAAGACGCUGGAAUGCUCGUUGGUCGUGAGCAGGCGGGGCGAGAGAACCGUCAUGUCAUCCCGGACUGUCGCGUUAGAUUCGCUCCUUCCGGAAUACCUCGGUGUCUCCACCGCCAUCCUUGACAAUGUCAUCUUUUGCCAUCAAGAUGAAAGCUUCUGGCCUUUGAGUGAUCCCACCACUCUGAAAAAGAAAUUCGACGAGAUCUUCGAGGCACAGAAAUACACAAAGGCAAUCGAAAACAUCAAACAGAUUCGGAAGAAGCAUAAUGAGGAAUUGGGCAAGUAUAAGAUCCUAGAGGAUCAUGCGAAAUUGGACAAGGAUCGAGCCCUGAAAGCCCAAAAGAGAAAGGAGGCUCUUUCCGAUGAAAUUGAAAAUCUCCGGAAGAAGAGUGAGGAAUUGGAGCAAAAAAUCUCUCUCGCUCGUCGGAUGGCAGACGAGACUUGGAGGAAGGGCGAGGAAUAUUCAAAGAUUCUGGGCGCGUUGGAAGGGAAACGGAUCGAGGCUCAAGGCAAACAGUCCACCAUCGACGAUCUCAAAAUGCACUUGGUGGAAGUCGGCGAGACGGACGAGUGGCUACAAACGACCCUGUCACAGUUCGAAACCCGACAAGAGGAGUUGAGGGACGAGCUGAGCCAGAAGCAAGAGGUAUACAUCGAACAACAAGAGCAAAUGAAAUCGCUGGGUAAACAGCGAGAGGAGAAAGUGAAGCUAAAGGGCAAGUACGAACAAGAGAAGGAGGCUCAUGAGCGUCACCUUGAGAGACGUAAAGAAAUGGUAAGGGAAGCUGCUGCGAAGCAUCAAAUCCGUGAGUACGAGUAUUUGGACGAUGAUACUCAAGUUGAAGACUUUCUGGUCAAAAUCAAGAAGAUCUCCAAACAUCAAAAAGAAGGCCUCGAUCGGGUAAAGCUUGAACAUACAGCACAGCGACGAGACGGGCAGACCCUGAUCAACAAACUGACAGAGCGAAAGUUGGCUCUUCACGAGCAAAGAGCGACUGCGAGAAAGCAGAUGGAUUCGAAUGACCGCGAGGCCGGAGACUUUCAACGAAGGGUCAAUCAGAUCACGGUCGACGAAGGCAGCAAAGCAGUAGCAGAGUCACGUAUUGAGGACCUUCAAAAAGAACUGCAGAAGACACUUGAGGCCGCGGAAGCGGCCGACUGGGACAAGAAGAUUCAGAAUGCUAAUGCAGAGUUCCGAGGCUUCGAGGAGAUUGGCUCAAAACUGAGGGAUGAGAUGGUUCGAUCCUCGAACAAGGCACAGGAGCUCGCGAAAUUAUCAUAUUCGAAGCAAGCAUUGAAGGACCAACAGAAGCGCCUUGACACCUUGUUGAACGCCCACAGUGACCGGAUCACAGUCCUUCUUGGCGAUGGAACGUGGUCUACUGAUACGAUCGAAAAAGCCUACCAGGAUGUCCUCGGAAGCGCAACAAGUGAGGUUGUAGCGGCCGAACGAGACAGAGAUUCGGUGAAUCGAGAGUUGGAGCAGCUGCAGUUUAGGCAGAAAACCGUUCGCAAAGAACUUUCGCGCAGAGAGAACGAGGUUAAGAAAUGUGAACAACAACUACGCGCUGUUAUUGAGGACGGCCCGCAAGGCUAUGAAGAAGCACUGCAACGGGCGGAAGAAAACGUUAAUCAAGCCAGAGAAGACAGCUCAGGUUACAGCGGCCUCCACGACUAUUUCCAGCAAGUCCUGGAUGCCUCUUCCGGGGACAAGCCAGCGUGUCGUACUUGUAUGCGGGGCUUCGCGCACGGCAGUAAAACGUUAGCGGAUUUUCAGGAGCGCAUCAACAAGCUGAUCGCGAAGACAAAGGCCUCCGCAGAACAGUCUGACCCCAAAGCGGCGGAAGCAGAAUAUAAGCGCGUGCUGGAUCUCGGUGUUGUUCAUCAAACCUGGAAAAAGCUCGUUGACUCUGAACUUCCAGCUGCAGCACGGGAGACGGCUGAUCUGGAUGCUCAGCGACAGUCUCUGUUGGCAAAGUUGGAGAAUCAUGACAAGAAUGUGGUCGAAAAGCAGCAAGUCAAGCGUGAUGUCGAGUCUAUUGGUCAAAUAGUCUCUUCAAUAAGCAAAUGCGACAGAGAAAUCAAAUCGCUGAACUCUCAGGUGGAGGAAUUGUCGGCCAAACAAAGCCAACUGAGUAACACACGGACUCUGGAAGAGAUUCAAGAGGAGUUAAGUUCAACUGACCAAAAAGCUCGAGGGAUUCAGAAUGUCAUCAACCGCCUGAGGACCGAGCAGGAGCAAUCUCGGGCACGCAUCUCCAGCAUGGAGCUUGAAUUACGCGAUCUCAAAAGCAACUUGAACGACAUCAUAUUUCAGCUUGACAAGAAGGCUUCUCUUGCAGCCCGGGUGGAUGAAUUCCGAGCAAACAACCAAAAGCAGCAGGAGGUCACGGAGAAUCUCACCCGAGAAAUCGAGAAGCUCGAUCCUCAGAUCGCGACUGCCCAGGCCAAAUACGAUGAUAUUGAUCAGCGUGCGGCAACCAAAGAACGCGAAAUGUCAGACGAACUCUCCAGGCUGAGCGAUACUGUUAACAAUCUUGAUAUUUUGAAUGACCAGGUUCAGUCGUACGUGGACCGCGACGGGCCGAACCAACUUGGACGUGUCAACCGGGAACUCAAGAAUCUAGAGCAGGAACUAGAUAAUCUCCAGAGCGAGCAGAACCGACUCACGCGUGAAAUCAACAAGACCAAUGAACGCAUCCGGGAUGGUGAGUCGACGCGCAGACGGUACUCUGACAAUCUCCGAUAUCGACAAGAGAGCCGGGCCCUUGCACACCUUCAAGAGGAAAUUGAGGAGCUUGAAGGCCACAAUGCCGAAGUUGACCGCGACCGGUUCCAGCAGGAAUCACAAAAGUACAGCAUGGAAUACAAUCGACUAGCCACGAUGCAGGGCGGACUCAUGGGUGAAGUAAAAUCCAAGGAUAAUCAGCUGGUAGAAAUCCUGGAGGACUACCAGACAGAUCUUAAGGACGCACCGCAACGGUACAAGGAAGCCCACAUCAAGGUGGAAGCAACCAAAGCGGCUGUAGAAGAUCUGGGACGAUAUGGGGGAGCGUUGGACAAGGCGAUCAUGAAAUACCACAGCUUCAAGAUGGAGGAAAUCAAUACCAUCAUCGAAGAGCUUUGGCGCAAGACGUACCGUGGUACCGAUGUCGACACGAUCAUGAUUCGAGCAGAGAAUGAGACGGGGAGAGGCAAUCGAUCUUACAACUACCGGGUGGUCAUGGUCAAGAGAGGUGCAGAAAUGGACAUGCGAGGACGCUGCAGUGCUGGUCAGAAAGUCCUCGCCAGCAUCAUCAUCCGUCUAGCCCUGGCAGAGGUGUUCAGCACCCAUUGUGGACUGAUUGCACUGGAUGAGCCGACGACGAACCUGGACCGCGACAACAUCGAAAGUCUGGCCCAGUCGUUGAAGGAGAUCAUAGAGUACCGACAGCAACAGUCCAAUUUCCAGCUUGUGGUGAUCACCCACGACGAAGACUUCCUACGACAGAUGGAAUGCUCGAAGUUCACAGGGAGCUAUUACCGAGUGUCGCGAGACUCGGCCCAAAACUCGAUCAUUGAGCGACAAAGCAUCGCAGAAGUUUUGUGAGCUUUAUUUAGGCAUUCAUUCGUGGCAAUAAAAUCGAGGGCUGCCAUGUGCAUCGCUGUCAUUCGCUCGGUAGGCCUGGUACCUGGCAGGAGAUUUUCAUUCGAGAUACCGGCGAAAUAUUAUUUUUCCGAGAUGGUGCCACGGUGCCUGAAACAAGUGACGUGGCUCUGGGACGUGUUCGAGGAGGAUGGUCAACAAACCAGGAGACCCAGACGCAGUUGGGUAGCUGAGUUUGUUGAGCUGAUCGAGAGUGAGACAAUGUGUUCAGACCCGAGAACGGGGACAAGACAUGUGCAUUCCUUUUUGGCAGAGGCUCGACACGUGAAAAUAGAGUGCUAGAGCUGGAUUUGUGGCUGGGAUUUUGGCCUCUGGAAGGCUUAGUGCCAGGAGACAAGCAUGCGCUGUGGGUGUCAGUGGCUGGCGCUGCAAGGGACCACGAACCGAGGGGGCGAGGGGCAACCAACAAUACGAGCGCCCAGGACGAGCCCGAGGGCAAGCGAGACACAAGCGCCUUGCCUCCCGGGAGCCUGCG